AGUAACCUUAUCUUAAUGUUAAUAACUGCUGUUUAUUAGUUUAAAUUUGAACAAUUAGUUUUAUUUAUUUAAUCUGAUUGAUCAGAUUAACCGUUUUUUGAAACAUUUUUCUUUUCCUUUCUUCAAUAAGUAUUUGUCCAAUACUAAUCUUGUGAACAUUUUCUCACCUUUUUAAAUCUCAUUUUUCUUCAUUAUUCUCAUUCCAAUUAUCUUUAGUUUGGUUUAUUAUUGUGAUAACUUUUUGUUGAUUUGUGUUCCCUUCUCAUCCAAGUGUUCAUUAUGAGUACCAAAAUGGAUUUAUUAAUACUUUGCUGUCCAAGAUAAAUACAUGUCCAUGUCUUCACCAUUACUUGCAUUUACCGUAACAACCGUUUUGUUUUAACAUUACAUCAACAUAAACGAGCUUCAAGUGUUUUCUCUGCCUAUUUUUAAUUGUUGUUUUACAAUCAACCACGGACUUUAAUUGACACACUCACAUAUCUCCAUGUCCACCAUGAAUCUAAAGAUUUUUGGACUUUAAUUGAAUCAUAUUUUGUUGGUUUUUUUUUGUUUGGUUUUUUGUUGGAUCGUUCAAAUAGUUAAUUAUGGAUAAAUUGAUUGCUCGUCAAGUUAAUAAGAAUGGCGGUCAAAGUGUAACUGGUCAACAAUAUUCAAUCCCACCUCCACAUGCUCAUAGUUUAAUCAGUAAACGGGAAACCUCGCCAAUGGUGGUUAACACUGAGAUUAAGGUUUCAGAGGUUUCAACCAAUUCCCAACUUCAUCAAACAUCAACACUUCAAUCUCAUCAAUCACUCUCACAACAACAACAUCAACUUUCACAAUCAAACCAGCAAACGUUAUUAUCAGGUCAUAAUGGGUCCCCCAUGUCAACCUAUUCCUCUGAUGGUCCACCCUCAAAUGGUAAUAAAAUAGUUUCCUCUGAAACAGGGAAUCUCGUUGUUUCAGGUGAACACGAGAUUAAAUUCACCAAAACUGAAGGAUGUACACCAUCAACUUGUAUAUGUGUAUUUAUUGCCAUACUUCUUAUAUCCAUUGGAGCCUCAUCAGGAAUCUUUUAUGGACUUCGUUCAUAUGAAGAUGCUUUACUUAAAGAUCAAGUUUUCAAAGGUCAAUUUACUGUAACUCGUGGUGACUCUUAUAGUCCAGAAUUUGAGAAACGAUCAUCCGAUGAAUUCAAGGAUACGGCUAAAAAGUAUAAAACCAGGUUGGAUAAAUUAUUUUCUGAUAGUGGUUUAACUAAAGCUUUCCGUCGAUCCGAGAUUUUGGCUCUUGAAAAGACGCCCAAGGUUCGCUCAGAUGAUCUAAUUGUCCAUUACAAUUUAGUCUUUUCACCGUUACUUCGGCCCCGCCUGAGUCCAGCCGAUGUUUAUACUAUUCUUAUUGAAGAGGUUCGAGCUGAUAGGAAAAAAUCUUUUAAAAAUAUAACCAUUGAUCCAAAUUCAAUUGACAUCACGGAAAGGAAAUCGGAAGGAGGUCGUCGAGGCCUUUUUUAUACUUCAUCGCCUUCUUUUCCAGCUUCAGCUCAGUUUCUUGAGAACCCAUCACCAUGGGAAGCUAAACCUGGCUUUCCAGGUUUACUUGAAGGUUUAACCACCGAACCAACUCCCCCACCUAGACGUUGUGUUCCCAUUGAGUUGCCCUUCUGUUCAAACCUAUUGGAAUAUAAUUACACCUCUUAUCCCAAUAUUGGAGGCCACUGGAAUUUAACAUCACUGGAAGCCGACCUUAUUCCUUAUCGACAAAUUGUGGACGCUGAAUGUUAUCCCCUGGCUAGAGAGUUUAUCUGUCAAAUUGUUCAACCACAAUGUUGGGAGGAUGAAAUAAUUCCACCCUGUCGAGAAUAUUGUGAAGAUUUCAUGUCCUCCUGUAAAGAUUGGCUUGUCAAAUCAAUCACUGAUAAAUUGAAAUGUAAACAAUUUCCAUCUUCAGAUGAAGGUAGCUCAGGAACCACAACAUCAUCCUCAUUAACAACAACAAACUCAUAUAAUGGAAGCUCAAUUUUGUACUCAAGUCGAGAUAUCAGCUCUCAUGAGAAACUUGCAUCCAGAUUGAUUGGGAGAAAUGAUGAGAAGCGCCUUCAAUAUAAAUGUCGUGUUAAACCGGGUGUAACUACUCAACGAUCAUCUGAAUCCAUUAGGAAUAUCCAAACAACUACAAUAUCAGACUAAAUUACAAUCAAUAGGAACACUGAAGUAAACAUUUGAAGGAAAUGGAAUCGACUUUAAAUUAUCUUCCAGCAAUCAUCAUCAUUUCUCUGUUUGGAUUCAUUUUUACAUACAAUCCCGUUUGUCCAACUGUACAAGUCAUUAGUGGAGGAGUAAAGUUAAUAGACUUUUGAAACUUGCUCAUCGAUUUUGGCCAAACACAGAAAAAUUGCUAUCAAAAAUUACAUUGAAGACGAAAUGGUUCAAUUUUUGGAACAAUCUUGAACUUGGAAGCAAUUUUACUAUUUUUUAAACUGUAAAAUUCAACUUUGAUGAGCCCUAAAGAUCUUACGCAUUGAAUUUGACCCGAUUUUUGGACUUUCGUAUUUUUUACCAAGGAAAUGUUGGAUCAUCAUUGAUUUAUUGUAAUUUGAAAUCCUGGUCUUCAUCAAAUCAUCUUUCCAUCUCUUUCUAUUUUCAUAAAUCAUCUUGCUGAUCUUUAUAUUUCUUACACAUCAUCUAUAAAUAUAAAUAUAUAAAUAUAUUGAGAGAAAAUGUAGAAUCAAAUCAAUUUGAGCUUGAUUAAAAAAUAAACUUAAAUUGUAAUCUUUCUCACUUGAAAUGGUUGUACAAAAAAUUAAGUGAAAAUACCUGAAAGAUAUUUUGGAAAUUGUUUGUUUCAGUUCCGAUGAGAAUUGUUAGUCGAUAAUUUUCAAAAAAAUUUCAAAUCAUCAUCUCCAUUAAAUUAAAGGAUUAAAACGACAUGCAAUAAUACAAA